GGGGCUCGUCCAACGGGUUAUUUAUUUAAAAAGUUUGUGUAGUGCUCAUUGAGCAGCUGAUUCAUUGUUGUGGUCCAGCUGUGUGCUGGCUCUGCGCUGCUAUUUGGGGGACACAUCAUGUCUUUUGGGUUUCAGGAUGCUUUAGUGUGUGACAUGGCAUCAGGGUUUGUGUGCCAAUCAGAAGGUAAGAUAUUGCUGUUUGUUACGCUUUUGUAAAAGAGAUUUUCCCCGCUAGGCUUAAGUGGCGUUUCCCCUUGGGUUCCGUCUGUUUGUUUUUUUCAUAGUGUUGUGGCGACGUGGUUGGUGUCAGCUGUUUUCGGACAGCUGUCUCGGGGGCACAUCCGCGUGAUUUCUUGGUGUUACCUGCGUGCAGGUCGCUCCAUAAAUCCGCCGGGUUCCAGUGCGUAAUUACCCGCCGCAAGCCACAUGAAGACUAGGUGAGAUUAGGAAGAUUUUGGUAAGGCAGUUAGGGGGGAAUUCUCUGUUGGGUUUUGUCUUUUCGCCCAGGCGUGUUGACAGUUGAGUACUUUGCUUUCUGAUUGGGUAUAGGCAAUAUAUUAUGGCUUCUUUGUCAGCGUUUGUGGAUGCGCCCUCAGUAUCUUUCUUGGAUGGUUGCCAGAAGGCGCAGUUGAUCGAAAUAGCAGAGCAUUAUGAAAUUGCUGUUGUAGGGAGCAAGCGGAAACAUGACAUUAAAGCUGUCAUCGUGUCAUCUUUGUUUGAGCGGGGAGUGUUACAGAAGAGUGAGUCUGGUGUGGCAGGGGUCGGGCCAGUAGUGGUUCAGACAGCUGGUUUGACAUUCGAACAGCAAAAGGAGCUUUUGGCCAUGCAGUUUAAUCAGGAGAGAUUGCAGUUGGAGUUGAAGUUGGAGCAGGAGAAGUUGCAGUUGGAGAUGAGGGGUCAGCAGCAGGAGGUAGAGAAGCGUUUAGAGGUGGAGAAGGUGCUGGAGGUGGAAAAGAUGAAAUGUGAGGUGGAACAUGCUAGAUUACGGCUGAUGGGAGAGGGCAAGUUUUCUCCAGGGGAGGAUGGUGGUGCUAGGUUAGCAUCAGGCAGUGGCGAUAUAAUUUCUUACUUGCGAUUAGUGCCAAAGUUCAAUGAGCGUGACCCGGACAUUUUUUUCACUCUAUUUGAACACAUAGCAGAGGCAAGAAACUGGUCAGAUUCGGACAGAGUGCUGUUACUUCAGUGUGUACUCACUGGGCGAGCACAGGAAGCCUAUUCAGCUAUUUGUGGCGAAAAUACUUUGGACUAUGAUAGAGUAAAAUCAGCGGUGUUGAAAUCUUACGAACUGGUUCCUGAAGCGUAUCGUCAAAGGUUCAGAAGUGGGGUCAAGGGAGAUAAGCAGACACAUGUGGAGUUUAUCCGUGAUUUAACUUCUCAUUUUCAGCGGUGGUGCGCGGCAGCAAAGGUUGCAAGUUUUGACGGUCUUUGUGAGCUCAUUGUCUUGGAACAAUUUAAAAACAUUCUCCCUCAGCGUGUGGCCACAUAUGUGAAUGAACAGAAACCUCCCACCGCGUUUAGAGCUGCUGAAUUAGCGGACGAUUUUGUGUUGACACAUAAGGGCAGUUUUGCGGAGAAAUAUUCUAGGGGUGAUUGGAAACGUGGAGAAGACAAUGGAGAUGCCCGUGCAAAGUUUUCACCAGGCUCCUCCCGUAGAUUUGCAGGUACAGGGCGACCCGAGGGGGCCAAAGUGGACCAAUGUCACUAUUGCAAAGGUGGGGGUCAUUGGAAGGAGCAGUGUCCAUUGCUGGAAACGAAGGGGAAGCCUCGUUUGUCACCACAUGCUCCAGCCAUGUGUUGUUCGGCCGUGUUGGUUAAAAAGCCACAGGGUGUAGGAUCGGGCAUGGUGCCUGAUAAGAAGCUGGUUUGUGCCGACUUGGAUGUGGGUUCUGUUUUUGGGCCGUUCAUAACGGAAGCCGUUGUGUCAAUAGUUGGUAGUGACAAGUAUGUUCCGAUUAAGGUGUUGCGUGACACAGCAGCUAGAUACUCAUUUAUUGUUGAGUCAGUGUUGCCUUUUUCGUCAGAGACAGAGACGGGGGAUUUUGUGCUGAUGAGGGGAAUGGAGAUGGGCUUGAUUCCUGUGCGACGUCAUACAGUAGUGCUGGAUUGUGAGCUGGUACGGGGAGUUGUGUCUAUCGGCGUGCGUCCCGCAUUGCCACUUGAUGGGGUACAGAUGAUUUUGGGCAACGAUCUUGCUGGUUGUGUGGUGUGGGCAGGUGUGCCACCGCCUGUGGUGGUUUCCAGACCGUUGGCAUCUGUAGAGCCAGAUAAGAGUGGUUUGCAAUUUCCAAGUGUGUCUCCUUUUUAUACUAUUAUGCGUGUGCAGAGCCGUAGGAUGUCUACUGACCUACCUGUUUCGGAGUCUGGAAAAAGUGGCCCAACACGGUCCUUUGACUUUCAGAUCGAGACAAAGGUGAAGGAGAAGAAAGAGAGGAAACGCCGCAAAGCGAAGAAGAGGAGGCCGAAGGAGGUCAGCGCGCCCAAGAGGCCGAUGAGCGCCUACAUGCUGUGGCUCAACGCCAGCCAACCCAAGGAGGAGUGGGACAUAAAGGCAGUGGAAUCGAAGAAGCAGUACGAAAUCGCAAGGCAAGAGCUCGAAGACAGAGGCGGAGGAGGAGCGUCCUCCAGUCCUAAGAUGGAAAGUCGCAACAUCUGUGAACAGUUUAUUUUCAAGCUCUUCAAGCUCAUGACAACAUAUGUUCAUAAGAGGAUUGUCCAUGGCUACACACCGAUCGCAAGUACACCAUUCAUGUACAGGUCUUCCUACUCGCCUCCCGAAAUCAAUUGCACGAGUAAAGGGAUCGUCUCCAGCAAGAUCACCGUGCUGUUCAUCCUCAUCGUCACUGUCCCUGGAUUCCUGACGGUUCUGACUACUUGGCUUGAACCUGACUUCCCCCUGGUGCUGACCAUGGUGGCGGAACAUGUAGGGCUACCACUGCCGCCAAAACCGGUGAGCCGCCUCCGCCAGGGGUUCUACGGCCCGGUCCGCCCGGCCCAGCCAGCUUUCAUUUCGCCCCCGUUGCCAGAUAUCUGGCAGUGUGUGGAAGCGCCGUGGCAACAGCCACUGAAGACGAAGGCUCCAGUGGCUGGUAUGGUGGGGAUCCUCAGGGUGCAGGGCCGCACGGACACAGCGUGUCCCGGCGUGCCCCCCCUUAAUGAGAGCCUGGCAGCCCAUCUGCUCCCACAGGCAGCAGGAUGGGCGGAGGGUAAGAAGCCUCUGCCCCUGCUGCCUCGUGACCAGGGGCGGAUCUAG